GCUGCUUCUCUCUCUCCCUCCCUUCCUCCCCUCCCAUCCCUCCCUCCCCAGCCUCCCGUUGCGAUCCUCCGGAGCGGCUGCGGGAGCGGCGGGCGGCCGGGCCGGCAUGCAUCCAUCCCCGCCCGCGGCCGCGGCCGCUGCCCUAGCGGGAAUUACAGCCUCUCCCAGCCAGCUGCCAGCAUGAUUUCAUCUGCUGGAGGAUUUUUGCAGCUGAUCGCUUGAGAAGCAGCAAUCGGAGAUGGAUGUCUCUCUUUGCCCUACCAAGUGCACUUUCUGGAGGGUUUUUUUGCUCUGGAGCAUUUGGGGAGACUAUCUGCUUUCGGUGCUGGCUUGCCCUGCUAAUUGUCUUUGCAGCAAGACAGACAUCAAUUGCAAGAAGCCGGAUGAUGGGAACCUCUUCCCUCUCUUGGAAGGGCAGGAUUCAGGCAGCAGCAAUGGCAACACGAGCAUCAAUAUCACGGACAUCUCAAGGAACAUCACUUCCAUACACAUAGAGAACUGGAAGAACUUGCAGACGCUGAACGCUGUUGACAUGGAGCUGUACACGGGACUCCAGAGGCUGACAAUCAGGAACUCAGGACUACGAAACAUCCAGCCAAGAGCCUUUGCCAAGAACCCACACCUGCACUAUAUAGACCUCUCCGGGAACCGGCUCACCACUCUGUCAUGGCAACUCUUCCAGACGCUGCGACUCUUUGAACUGAGACUAGAGAGGAACCUCUUCAACUGCAGCUGUGACAUCCGCUGGAUCCAGCUCUGGCAGGAGAAGAGCGAGGCAAACCUACAGUACCAGGAUCUCUACUGCAUGACCAUGGAUGCAGCCAUCAUCACCCUGAAGGAGAUGAACAUCACCCAGUGUGACCUUCCUGAGAUCAGUGUGAGCCACGUGAACCUGACGGUGCGGGAAGGGGAGAACGCGGUCAUCACCUGCAACGGCUCAGGAUCGCCGCUGCCGGACGUGGACUGGACAGUGGCUGAACUCCACUCCAUCAACACCCACCAGACCAACCUCAACUGGACCAAUGUUCAUGCCAUCAAUUUGACCUUGGUGAAUGUCACCAGCGAGGACAAUGGAUUCCUGCUCACCUGCAUUGCUGAGAACGUGGUGGGGAUGAGCAAUGCCAGUGUGCUGCUCACUGUCUACUAUCCCCCUCGCAUCCUUACUCUGGAGGAGCCGGUGCUGCACAUGGACCACUGCAUUGCGUUUGCAGUGCACGGGAACCCAGCUCCCACCCUGCACUGGCUGCACAACGGCCAGGUGCUCCGCGAGACCGAGAUCAUCCGCAUGGAGUUCUACCAGCAAGGGGAGGUGUCUGAGGGCUGCCUGCUCUUCAACAAACCCACCCACUACAACAAUGGCAACUACACCAUCGUGGCCACCAACCAGCUGGGCUCGGCCAACCAAACCAUCAAAGGACACUUCCUUGAAAAGCCUUUUCCAGAGAGUACGGACAGCUUUGUCUCAAUCGGUGAUUAUGAAGUGAGUCCCACCCCACCCAUCACUGUGACCCACAAACCAGAGGAGGACACUUUUGGGGUUUCCAUAGCGGUUGGGCUGGCAGCUUUUGCUUGUGUCCUCUUGGUCGUGCUCUUUAUUAUGAUCAACAAGUAUGGCCGGCGCUCCAAGUUUGGGAUGAAAGGUCCCGUGGCAGUGAUCAGCGGCGAGGAGGACUCAGCCAGCCCUCUCCACCACAUCAACCAUGGCAUCACGACGCCCUCAUCGCUGGACGCCGGCCCGGACACGGUGGUGAUCGGCAUGACGCGCAUCCCCGUCAUCGAGAACCCCCAGUACUUCCGACAAGGUCACAACUGCCACAAGCCAGACACGUAUGUCCAGCAUAUUAAGAGGAGAGACAUCGUUUUGAAGAGGGAGCUGGGAGAAGGUGCCUUUGGGAAGGUGUUCUUGGCCGAGUGUUACAACCUCAGCCCCACCAACGACAAAAUGCUGGUGGCAGUGAAGGCUCUGAAGGACCCCACGCUGGCAGCCCGCAAGGAUUUCCAGCGGGAGGCAGAGCUGCUCACCAACCUGCAGCACGAGCACAUCGUCAAGUUCUACGGCGUCUGCGGUGACGGCGACCCGCUCAUCAUGGUCUUCGAGUACAUGAAGCACGGGGACCUCAACAAAUUCCUCAGGGCACACGGCCCAGAUGCAAUGAUCCUGGUGGAUGGGCAGCCUCGUCAAGCCAAAGGGGAGCUAGGGCUAUCCCAGAUGCUCCACAUUGCCAGCCAGAUUGCCUCUGGAAUGGUGUACCUUGCCUCCCAGCACUUUGUGCACAGAGACCUGGCCACCAGGAACUGCUUGGUCGGAGCCAACCUGCUGGUGAAGAUUGGAGACUUUGGGAUGUCAAGAGAUGUCUACAGCACUGAUUACUACAGGGAAGGGCCGCGUCUGAAGGGCCAGCUCAGCGCAGCGUGGCAGCGACAGAGACUGGCACCGUCGGCAGCUGCAACAGUUGGAGGACACACCAUGCUGCCUAUCCGCUGGAUGCCUCCAGAGAGCAUCAUGUACAGGAAAUUCACCACAGAGAGUGAUGUCUGGAGCUUCGGGGUGAUCCUCUGGGAGAUUUUCACCUAUGGGAAGCAGCCCUGGUUCCAGCUCUCAAACACAGAGGUCAUUGAGUGCAUUACCCAAGGCCGAGUUUUGGAGAGGCCCCGAGUCUGCCCCAAGGAGGUUUACGACAUCAUGUUGGGCUGCUGGCAGAGGGAACCUCAGCAAAGGCUCAACAUCAAGGAGAUCUACAAGAUCCUCCAUGCUCUGGGCAAGGCCACACCAAUCUACCUGGACAUCCUUGGCUAGCAGUGGCCACUUGUUGGAAGUCCCUGCUCCUUCCUCCCGUCCUUCCUUCCCUCUCCCCCUCCCAAACCCUUUUCCCCUCAGCUCCCAAGCAAACAUCUUCAUAUAAACUCAAGUGCCUGCUACACAUACAACACUGAAAACAAAAAAAAGCAAAACAAAAAGCAAACCAACAAAAAACCCACAGAACAACAACCUGUAAAGCAGUUUGGCUUAUAUAUAUUUAUAGAUAUCUCUCUCUAUAUAACUUCCACACCAAUACAGAAAGAAGCUGCUGUUACAGAAAAUUGUGAGACUAUAUAUAUAAAAAAAAAAAGAAACAAAAAAGGGAGAAAAAAUACUUAAAAAUAUAUAUAUAAUUAAAAAGAAAAAAAAAAAGAGAAAGAAAGGAGAAGGUAUCUUUCCCCCGAGCAAUCAAGCAGUGAAAUGUAACCCUGCUGUGAGUAUGGUUCGGGCAGCUGGGCAGGGCUCUAGACUGGCUGUGGCAGCAAUGCCAUCCUGGGUAGGAGCUGCAAGAAGAAAGCCUUGCCCUGGUUGUAUGAUAUGCACUGAAUGUGUGAAAUCAGUCCUCCCUUUUCGUCCUUGCCUCCCUCCCUCCUUGCCAGCCCGCAGGUGAUGGGCACAGAGCCAGGGCAGUGCCCCUGGAUGAACUCUCUUUUACCAACCCCUUCCUCUUAGUCCCUCCUCAUCCCUUUCUGCCUUCCUGCCUUUUUCCUCCCUCCAACAUUUCAGGACAAUUUUUCUAAUUUGCUGAUUCUUAAAUGUACAGACUCAAGGCUUUUGAACACACAGUCAAAGGAUUGUGGCACCUACGGGUAAAACACACCGGGUAAAACACACACACGGGGGAGCAGCCACCCUCCUGCAGGCUGCAGGCUCCUGCCCCAGCCCUCCUCUGCCCCAGCCCUCUGCCAGUGCUGGGAGAGCAGCAGGACCAAAGCAGCUGUGCCUGGGGCCUUGGGGACCCGGUCCUGAAUCAUCCCCAACCCACUCCAGUGUGUGGGACAGGAGUGCUGCUCACCCAGGGCAUCACUUUGGAGGAACAACCCCACUCUUCUCCGCCCUUAUGGCUGUCAGUGGCCGUGGGGUUGGUUGGUGGCCGUGGGGUUGUUCCCCUGCCCUCAGCUGUCAGCACCAGGGCCAAAUUGGCCCUCGGUGUAAACUCUUAGUGAGCAGGGUUGGAUCCUUGCUCUCCCCAUGGGGGAAAGGCUACAGGGUGCAGACAGCUGGGAACAUGCCUGCAGCCCUGCUGGGCAUUCUGUGGGGUCAGCAUAUCCCAGUGCUCUUCCCCCCCAUCCUCUCCCCUUCCCCAUUCCUGCCCCAUGCCUCAGCCCAAGCCUCAGGCACAAGCCAGUGGGGACAGGGAGGGGGACCAGGCUCGUGAGAUGGCUGGGAACCUACCAACACCUGCCUGCAGCUCCCUUGCCAUUCUCCUCACGUCGCCAUCCCCUGAAAGGAUUGAUGCAUCUGCCUUUGAGCUGUUGUGAAAUGCAGAGGCUGAAGAAUAGCUCCACAGGCAGCCCCGGGAGGAGGGGGAAGGAGGGGAAGGUGCCUCCAGGAGCAGACGGCUCAGCGGAUGGCCGCAGCGGCCAGCCUUGCAUCUCAAUGAGGAGAAAGGCAGCAACAGGGGGUGCUGGGGACAGCCAGGGAGAGACAGCAGCAUCCUCGCUGUGCCUGAUCUCCCCGGAGCAGGAAAUAAUCCUGACCUGGGGAAAUAUUCAGUCAGAUGCUGGAUACUGCCUGUCCAGAGUGGGCUGAGAACACAAAACCUUUCUGGGCCUUUUUUUCAUGUGGGUGAUGGAGGAUGAGGGGGAAGCUCAGCUUGGCAGCUGCUCUCAGGAGGCAGGGAACGGGCGGCACAGGCAUUGUCAAGGCAAUUUUGAGAAGGCAACAACUGCCAGCACAAAAAUAGCCUGCUUGGAUGUGGCACUUGUGGAAGGCAAUGCAGAUGGAGGAAGAUGGGACAGAGAGGGGAUCUUGCCUCCUUCCCCAUGGCCAGAGAUGCAAGGGGAGCUAGGUGUCUGGUUAUGCACUGGAAGGGAAGAUCUUUCAUCCUCUCCCCAUCCCCCAUGUCUCCUGACAAUCAAUAUCUCUCACUCAUGGCACUGGCAUGGCCUGUCUGAGGGUUUCAGAUAGAGGAAGGGGACACUGCUAAAGGAGGAUUGUGGUGGCAACAGCAACUGUGGGUUUAUUCUGUGUCUGUGUAAUGGGCAGUGAGAGCCUGGGCUGGGAGAUGAUGCAGUGGUGGCAGUGCCCACAUGGGAGUGAGGACACAACCUUCCUCUGCCUGUUAGAGAGAUCUGGGCCCAUGGGGUCUGGACAGACUGCCACUGAACAGGCACCGGGGGCUCACAGCACCACCAGUGAUGGCAUGGUCAUGGCUGUGGGCCAGCACCAGGAGUCCACACACACCAUGCUGCCUCUCCAUAGCAGGACCUUGCUCUUUUGGGAGAAGAUAUCCCGCCUAUUUAGGUCCAACUUUGAAAGGGGAAAAGACUGGUUAAAAGGUUGCUGGCCCCAGCCUGGCUCCCUUUUUGUGCAGGCUGCUUGGCUGAAAGGGUUGGAGAUUCAGCACAGGGAGAGAACAAGCAAUGGCUGUUCAUUGUCCAGCAUCUCCAGGAGAAAACCCUUUCCUGGGGCAGCCUGUCUCUUACCCCAAGGGGUUUCUUGCUCUUGUGGCUCCCAGCCAUUGUGCAAGGCCACAGUUUUGUCCACCCCUCUCUCUCACUCCCACGCUGUCAUUUCUUUUUUGGCUUUUACACUACAAAGUCACCUACAGACACUGGUUCCCCGCUGAUGAGAUUCCCUCCUCACAGCUGCACAGCAGCUACAUCCUCCUCUCCUCACUUCUCUCCUCCUUCCCCUCCUCUCCAGCACCACCACCCUGUCCCCAUCACCACCUCUUUGUACUGUCACAUUGACAAGGUGAGCUCAGGAGCCGAGUGUGACACCGAGCCUUGAUGCUGCAUGUUUAGGAUUAGGUGGCCUGUGAGGAGAGUUUAUGUGUCUCCAGAAGAUGGCAAAUGGCUGAAGAAAGUGGUGAGAUGCUCAGGCUCUGGCUCUUUGCUCUUAGCCCCACCAUGGGCAGGGACUGCCUUGGAGAAAGGUCCUUUUGUCAGAGUUAAUUGUGAACUGUUGCUCAGAAAAGCUGGAUAAGCUGCACUUCUGUGCUGUGACAUCUGUUCUGUUGCUGCUCUGGCCCCCUUGGCCUGUCAUUGUUGGAUGGAGGUUUGUUGGGAGCAAGGAGAAGAUUGCUUUGUGUUCAAAGACAUGACAGAAACUGCUGCAUCCCUUUUUGGCAUGACAGUUUUGGAGGGGAAGAGGGAAAGCAGCUGUGCUGCAUUCCUGGUGACCACCCUGAGACCUCGUUUGCAGAAGCACCUUUCUUGGAGCAGAAGAGAGCUUCCCAUCAGCAUGGACUGGGGAUCUUCCCUGUAGGAAGAGGGGCUCCGUGAUGGGGCUAUGUGUGAGGAGAAGAAAAGCAGAUUUGGGGGGAAAUUAUCACAGAGUAUCAACAUGUGAGUGUUUGGAGUUUAAGAGAAAUGAGUUCAUGCUUCUUUAUUUCUCAGAGAGAUACUUUGCUGUGCCCUGCCUCUACUCAGAGCAGAGAGCUAUCCCUGCUGCCUGGGAAUAUCUCACCCAGCUCUGGGGCAAGCCAGGCCAAAUUCCCAGCACAUGCAGGCAGACCUUCCCACCACCCAGCCCCUUCCACCUGCAGUUUUCUCAAGGGACUUGUGAAAGGGAGCUGGAAGGAACAUCAGCCUGAGCACAGCUGAGAAGGGACCAUAGGGUCUUCCCUGUCCCAGCUGCAUGCUGCUCCCUAAAAAUUAAAACUGCACCAACUCAGUCACCCAAGGGUGUCACUGGAGUGAUGCUUUCUUGGAAGUGCAGGUGCUAUUUUGGUGCAUGGUACAGGUGGAAAUUUUGUGCCAGGGCUGCAAACUGCAGGCAGUGAUUGUGGCUCCAGCCUCAGGGUCUCAUCAGUGACCUGGUUUGUUUUCUCCUGCCCAUUAUUUUUCUUUCCACCCCAGUCUGUCAGGUUGCAAGGCAGAAGCUGAAAUGUAGCAAAGGGAAGAGAUGCAGAGAACUGCCAGACUGAAAGUCCAUCCUGUCUCCUGCACAACUUGCCCAACUUUGGCCUUUUUAGAUGUCCAUCAGUGUAUGGAUUUUGGGGGCUGAAAAAGUCUGGACUGCCUAUCCUUGGGUCUGCAGGGUGCUGAAUUGCAGAUGGGUGACUCUGGGAACUGUGCUGCCCGGACAAAUGUGAAAACUGCUGAAUGCCUUUGAAGAGGGUGCUUGCUUGAGAGACACCCUUAGCUCUGAGCUGUUUGCUUGUCCCAAGGAGUGGGUGGAACAAGGUGAGAAAAUGUGUGGAGGAAUAAAAGAGGCAGGGAAAGGGAAAAGCUGGUUUUAGAAGGCAACUGAGUAUCUUGGGUUGGGAAAUCAAGACAGAUUUGGGGAGUGUGGUGUAGAAUUUUAAGUGGCACAAUGGAUACAAGCAAAAACAAAAGAAAAUAGCAACGUACUGCAGUUCCAGGAAAAGUUAGCUAUGAAACUGGGCAAAUACUGUUUUAAAAAGGAGGCAGAAACCAAUAAAAUCAAGGGAUCAUUUAUGCAGGUGGGAAACAAAAUCACUAGGCUUUGUGCUUUUCUGUAGGAUUUUUUUUUUUCUGUAAGAAAAUGCAACUAAAAGGUCUCAAAAGUUAUGCUGUUUCAGGAGCACUGACAGAAGUAUCAUAUGAGCUGUUUCCUUUCACAUGAAAAGCUCUUAUUUCCCAGAACUCAAAUGUGUAGGUUUCCUUAGUUCAGGAUAUGGGUUGAAGAAUGCAGACAUGUUCACCACAAACCCCCAAACCCAGAGGUAGUUUGGAACACUUGAUCAGCAUUCAUUUGUGUGCCAGUCUGUGUGAAAACUGCUCAGCAUAUUAUCUUUAAAAGUUUUUUUAAAAAUAUUUCUAAUUUCCUCCCUCCCUGUGGAGUAUCUACAUCCUUUCCUGAUCUGGCCAGGAAUCAGCUGAAGCACUACAGCCAUGGCUUGUACCCAAAGUCUUUGUAACAGCUCUUGGUGUGUUCUCUGGUUGUAAGGCAACAAUGAGAAUAAGCAAGCGGAAUAAAGGAGAUCCUGGCUGUGAUUCCACGCUGUGGUGGAUCCUCUGAUAGCUGGAAGGCUCUGGACACCAACAGGGUUGCUCUGCUAUGGGACUCACAGGCACAGGCAUGUCUUGGUGUCGCCCAAAAGUUUUGUUCUCCAUUUACAUUCAGUGUCUUUCUGAUGGAUGGUGGGCUCAUGGAGCCUUGGCAUAUGGUGGUGUGUCAAAAUGAGUACCAAAAGCAAAAGAAGAGAAAAUACCCUCCUCACCACUGCUUUUCAGGAGUGGAUAGACUUGCUUAAGUCUAAGAUAGCUUCUCCACUCCCCCACCAAGGCAUCUCUUACAUCAGUACCCAUUUAAUAUUUACAUAGCUGCUAAAUCCUAAAAAUUCUUUUCCCUUUGCUGCUGUCCUUGAAAGUAUAGAUAUUGAAUUUCAAGCCUAGAGAAAGUAGGUGUUUUCAAAACAUCUGUUCUGGCUGGCAGUGUCAUAAAUGACAGAGGCAGAGAUGUCAGUCACUGCUCUGGCAGGAAUGGAGGAACAUUCCAUCUCUCCUGUGCCUCUUUUUCCUUUCCAAUGCAACACUGAGCCAUGAAACCGCUCCCUGAGAGAAGUGAUUGGAGUUCUAUUGCUUGCAAUUUUGAAAAAGUGAACUGAGGAAAGAGAUAAGAGACUGAAGAGAAGGAAGGACAAAAUAUUCCAGCUUUCCCUAACAGUUAAGUAAGUUGGUGGUGUUGGUGGCUUGGAUUUCUCCCAGACCCAAUCUGAGAGCUCUUUUCAAACUAAAGGAAUGACCAUUGGUUCCUCCUCCCUUCUGCUAGCCCCACAAUUUUAGCAUCUGUGCAAGGGGAAGAGGCAUCACAAAUCUAACCAUCACUUCCCCACACUGUCAGGAGUCCUCCACAGGAACUGCCCUCCCUCCCAGCACAAGUGACUGAUCCCACUGCUGAAAACUGGAGCAGUUCUUCUGAGGGGGAGUUUAACUACUGGCAGCUUAGGACAAGGUCCCAGCAGGGAAGGGCUGAAAUACCUCUAAAGAAAAUCAUAGCUCUGGGCGGUCCACAUGUCUUCUUGCAUGUUUUCUCUUGCUCUCUGCUGGCUUCCAGCCUCUCCAGUCUUUGCUGCUUGAUACUCAGAGAGCUGAGUUUCUGCAUUCCCUCCCUUUACUGAGCUCAGAGGACUGGGGAAGCAGUUUGAUUUCGAUGUGGUAGGUGAGAUCAGAUUUCUCCCUCCAUGCCCUCUUCUUUAUCUCCCUGUGCAGCUCCUGUCCUUGCAGUUCUCGGGACUUGACUAGCAGAGUUUUUAAAUGAAGUGAAAGUCUUAAUGUGAGGUGAAUCCCAAGACCACAAACAGUUUGGACUUCAAACAGUGAGAAAAUUGGCGCCGGAUGAUUCCGCACACAAAGCAGAAAACUUUCAUUUCCUGCAGGCAGGAUGGAAUUGACUGUUAUAUUAAGACUUCAGAAGGAGCACUGCCCCGGAGUAAUUUCACUGCUGUCAGGCAGUGUUGACAUCUAGAUUAACCUCUGUGCAGUGAAUUUUACAGCAACGCUCAUUGUAAUGCAUGUGGGGUAUCUCCUGUAAAUCCCAGCUGAAGCCCACAGUGUCCCACCCUUCUGCACAGGAGGAAGGGUUGGGGAGCAGCUGCUAUCAUUUCUGACCCCAGCAAAGCGUGACUCCAACCUCAUCCAGGCCAGUUCUGCUGAAACUGAUUUUCCGCUGUGCUAAAGUGACAAUAACUCCAGCCUGUAUUUUUUUUUUCCUUCUAAUUCCCCAAAGAGGUUUACAUCACAAGGCUGAAAUUUUUGCCAGUGACAAACAGCUCCCUUCAUGUAUCCAGCCAGCAGUACAGUCCUAAUUAAAAGGCACUAGUUAACUAGAGGCAAUUAGCUGCUUGCACUGAUUAAUUCCAAGACAUACAAUCCCCAAACACAAAGCUCUGAUCGGAUGUGAUCUAAAUGGCAGACAAACUCCCAGCUGAUGCGAGAUGGUGGCAUCCAAUCCUACUCACCAGCACACAGGCACACAGUGAACGCUGCCUACCAAACCAAAACUGCAUGGAUUAAAGAAAUUCACACAGUUAACUCUGUGAAAGUCAGAGGACAUUGCAAAAGAAGCCCUUUGGCUCCAGAAAUGAAUGCUCCUGCUGAUAAGUUGAAAGCAUAGGCCUGACCCCAAGUCCUUCUGUCUUUUGCUGUAGGAGGAGAUUGAGCAGUGGGAUUUCCCAGGCAGGACCACAACAGCUUCUUCACUUUUGUGCUAGCAGAGACAAUCCCGUCUAUGGUUCUUGAGAUGAAUCUCUGUGAUUCACCUUGUGAAAAAAAACCACUAACAUGUAAAAAAAUAUAGAAAAGGAAGGGAAGGUUUCUUGGUGUGUUUUUGCCACACCUGCUUAUUGAUACACUUAUUUUCCUGCUCGGAUAUUGCUCUGCAGUCAUCUGCAGGAGGUUCUAGGCAAGAGAAAAGCUAUCAGGUGCUGAAGAGAUCAACCACUAGCCCUAAGGGCAAAAUCCCAAUAGAAACCUCUUUCAGAGCCCAUCUCUCCUCUCACCCACAGCUCUUCACAGUAGCCUUACCAUUAUACUUGCCAAAGGUUUUGGACAGCCUGUGAAGAGGUGACAUAUCUUCAGUUUCUCCUCAUCUUCAGGAGGAAUUGUGACAUUUCUGUAAUUUGACCCAUCAGGAAGAUUCCUUCAAACUAACAUUUAUUACCUCCAAUCAGAAUACAGCUGAAAAGGCUACCCAAGGUUAUAGAAAAGGUCAAGCUCUUGCUAUGGACUGGAAUUUGCUUUGGAAGGAAUUUGAUGGACCAAUUUAACCACCACAGCACAUCAAAACCUGGUGGCUUCAUUUAAAAAGUAAUCAGUAUUGUAUUUCGCUUUAGACAUCCGUGCAUUAGUGUUCUGCAAAUAUGAUUUCCCCUUUGUUUGCAUUAUUGAUGCCAUAAAAUGUCAGACACAUUAAAGAAAAAAAAAAAAAAAGAGGCCAGUCUUUGGGGUUUGGAAUGAUUCUAGCUGAAUUGCAGUUGGGUUACUUUCCUUUUUAUUUCCCAUGGCAGCGAUGCACUGUUACUCAUUCUGCUAUUGUUUUACAAAGAGUUCUCAGUAAGUGUGUUUAUUCAGCCAACCAUAUUUCAGGAAACACAUAACCUUGAUAUUUUUCCUGUAUGUGGCAGCGUGUGUGAAUGUGUGUUGGGGAGAGGAGGGGAGGUGGAGCUUUUGACAAGAGCCCUCCCAAGUCUGGUAGUGUGUUGGCUUUGUGCAAUGCUGCAUGAAUCCCUCCUGCUCAGGUGCCUGGCUUGAUUUAACCUCAAGAACUGACUUUUGUAAUCAGGAUUUGAGGUCUUCUGCUUUAGCACUGCCCAGAAUCUGUCAUCUGCUCUCACCAUUCAGCAGCCAUCUGCUAUCCAGAGAGGUUCCUAGAUGUCUAUGUCACAGAGAUUACACAGUAAUUGAGUCUCAGGCAUGUGAAAAAGGACUUUUAGCUCAUUCUGAUCCUGGACCAGGAGCAAGUUUGCUGAUUUAGCUUGGUUCCCACCCAAGGUUCACUGACUGCUGUUCCCAAGACAAAUACUCUUAGCUGCUCAGUGCUGUUUCUCACAGACCAUUACAAGUACAGGCCUUGGAGGCUGUAGCUCUCUGCCUCACCUCUCUAUAAUGAAUGUGGAUCCAUUUUUCAGUGAUCCUGGAAUUUUUUUUGAAGGAUAUUCUCCCUCCAAAAAUCUAAGAAAUUCUCAAGCAUUCUCUCUUGUUGAAAAGUGAAGAAAUAAGGUGGAAAUAUCUCCCCUGUGUAGAGAUUUUAAUCAGUGGUAAAAUUUCAGCUUUUCCUCCCAUUGACAGCAAGACUUGGGUGCAGGAGGAGAAGAAUACAGUGGAGCAGUCUAAGGAAGGGACUCAUCUAUGACCUGGAUUGAAAAGUCAUCUGUUCACCUACUGAGCCAUGGCCAGUUUCAUACAGGAAGAGAUCUCCAGCUUUUCUUGAGCUUCAAAUUCCUGCCCAGCUAUCUUGUUUCUAUUCCAGCUCUGAGGAAUGACCAUCAGAUGACCUUCAGAUCUCCUUAUCUUCACAGAUCCUUCCCAGGGCUAUCCAAACAGCCCAAAGAAGUGAUGGCAGGGGCUGAAUGGGUGUGUAAUUCAGUGUCUUUCUCUCCCUUUUUCAUCAGGGGCAGAGAUAGUGAAAGUGACAGAACAGAAAAAUUAUUUUCCCCAACAGCAGUGAUCCAGUUUCUUUUUAAACUCUGAUAUUUAAGAUGCCAUACAGCAGUACCUAUAAAUAUGCCUUGAAAUGUUGAAUGAGCACACGAGUAUAUUUGAUUUUGUUUUUAUGCCUAUAAUUUCUCUCACCAAGAAUUCAGCCGUUACUCAGCUCCCAGCAGGUUGUUCUGAUUGCUGGAGAGAUGGCUGGGAUUGAUUCCGGCUGUGACCUGCUCCAGUCCAGCCUCAUUCUUAUGUAGCUAGAUUGAAACAAUAGAAAUCAGCAAGAGACUCAGUUGUUGUUCCUGUGAAACUGAACUUUCUUGUGCAACUCCAGGCUAAAUGUAGAAGGCGUUGAUGACCCACAACUUUGAACUCAGUAAAGGUUGCAGGUACUGAGAGGCACUGAACAGAUGUUAGGAACAGAACGGUGGGAGAGAGAGAAAUGCUACAAGAGGAAAUAAAACCCAAACUAACAAAUAUUACAUCAGAAAAGACAGUGGUUGGUUGACAAUAUAAGAAAACCCACUGCUGUACAUGAGAAAAGACACAGAAUACUCACCCUGGAAACCAAGAACAUUGGCCACCAGGACAAGAGCAGCUCAAACCUCCCCUCACUUUUAAUUUCCUUUUUCUCCUUCUCCUGCUAAUACAGAACAAAUCCUGGCUUAUGGCCUUCCUGGAAACUGAAAUUAAGAGGCAGAUUUGGGACAGGAUGAGAGGGACUGGAUCCUUCUGGAUGAUACAACAGAUUUAUAGCCCAGCACUUCUUAGUAGAAAGUGCCUGGUGUGGCCUGUCUGCCCUUUCUUUGAUUUUUUUUUUUUUAAUUACAAACCCUAAUUGCUUCAAGUAGGGUUCACAAACAGCCCCAGUCUCUUGGUAAGAUGGAGAUUUCAGCAGACGGACAGACGUCGUGAGCGGCGUCCCUGCGGAUCAGCACCGCGGACAGCGGCACCGGCCCUGCCGGGCGCUGCGGCCGCCGCUGGAGCAGGAGCCCCGCCUUGAUGGAGGAACCCAACUUUGGAGGAAUCGUGCCCACACUGCCCAGGGAACUGCUGUCUCACCCUUCGUUCCUUUCUCCCAUGUCUUUUUCCAGUGUGAAAUCAUGAUCUGGGAUCUUGUUUUCAAUUGAUGGAGGAGGGAUGGUUUAAAACACAAACCAAUCAUUCUGAUGCAAGAGAGAACCAUUUUUUCCUUCAGAGUUAAACUCUCUGCCCCACUUUUUGCUGCACUGGUGUUCCACCUGCGAAGGCUCCAUCUCUAAUUUGGAUUGUGAAAGGUUUUUAUCUUCUCAUCCACUGAGACAUUUUGACAAAUGGAGAGAUAUUACCCUGGUAGCCCUUCAGAAACAGAAUCCUUAUUUUAUUGGAAGCAUCAUGUGAUGGAGAUUUCAGCCAUCAAUUGCAUUUACUGUUGGUAAAGGGUAAACAGACAAAUCUCCUGGAAAAUUGCAAGUAAGGGACAUAUAAAUGACACCAUGGCCACUGGAAGUUAUGUUCACCAAAAAAAAAGAGAAGAAGCCACAUUACUGAGUAGUAGAGGGUUGUGAGAAUCAUAGAAUGGUUUGAGUUGGAAGAGAUUUUAAAAAUCACCUAGUUUCAACACCCCUAGCAUGGGCACACACAUUUUCCACCCAACAAGGUUGCACAAAGCCCUGUCCAUUCUGUCCUUGAAGAGUCAGAUAAAGAUGAAGACCCAGGAAGACACCAACAGGCAGGGCCCCAAAUUGAGAAGCAGUCUUAUCUCACAGGGGAAAAAAAUGGAAAGUGUCUCAGUAUUCAUCUUGCUCAGCCUACAUAUUUGGGAUUUCAUCCCACAGGUAUUCCUGGAUCACACUAAGGAAGGUAUACCCUCAUAUUAGGGUUGAAUGUCUCCUGGACCUAUCCAUCCUGCUGAGAAGCUGUUGGGCAGAAGCAUGCAGGCUCAUUAACAUGCCUGAAAAAUUUAGUGUGAAGAAGAAGAGCCAGAAAAGUAGGCCAGAAAGUUGGGCUAUUCCCCCCACUCAACAUAUGCUGCUUUCUAGAAGCACUUUCCUCUGUAUCCCACCUCCCACACACUCCCCAGCUGUGACUGGAAGUUACUACAAUGGGACAUGUGGAUGGACACAGAGACAUAGAGGACUGGGAAGUGUCUGAGACACAAGACUUCAAAACCUGUAAGUAGCAGUACUGAAAAUGAGGGAUUAAGGGCAGACUUGUGGUGCUUAGGGCUGUCUGGGAGUCAGAAAGGAUGAGCUUGCAGGGGAUGGCAAAGAUAAUUUGAUAAGGGGCUUGGAGAACAAAUGAUGCUAAGAGGAGGGAUCAAAGAAUCCUACUGGGGCACAGGGAGAGGAAUGAAAUGGACAAGGACUUGAUUCCCAGUGAAGGGUCAGUGAUCAAGAGGGUGGUGAAAGUCAGAUAGGACCUGUGGUGAAGCAGAGGACAGCCCUGGUUGGGGAAGAACUGUAGAUGUGAGGAAAGAGUCCCUACAGAAUGAUGUGUGCUCAUCCAAAUGGGUCCUGAAGGUUUCUCCAAACAUUCAGUUCUGCUGGGCUUCCUCCAGAUCCACAAUUUCUGCUUCAAACCCAACAAACCCCAUAACUUUACCUGCAUACAUUUUGCUCUCUGACAGCUCUGGUUUCAGUACUAACAGUCUAAGUUGUUUUAGUUCCCCUCAAUCCUCCCGUUCAACCCCCACAACCAGCUAAUUUCUUGUGUGAAGGAGAAUUGUGGUUUUUUAAGUUUUCUAUUAUUUUUCCCAGAAGUGUCCAUUAAAUUUUCAGCUAAACUGGAAGGCAAUUUUUUGCAUGAGAGCUUUACAUAGAUAGGCUUAAAGCAGAAAAAAAAUAAAUAACUAUACUAAAUUACCUCCCCCUCCCCCACCAUGUCUUAAUGAAGUGCUGUUUUACAUAAGUUAUUUCAAGAGAAAUGAAGUAUUUUUGGGCAGGCAAGCAAUCAACAUUUAUUUAGGUUUCCAGGAGUGUUGCAACUCCCUCUGAAUCUUCUGAGUCAGGCAAGGAGGCAAGUUUUCCCCAGGUAAAGAUUGAGGAUACACAACCUUCUUUGGUGAAGGCUGUCUGGGGGUCUUCAGGCUGUGCUUGGUAAUGUUUUUAGGGGCUGCACUGUGCAUUUGCCCCUGGUAAUUUCUCUAAGAUUUGUGUGGUGAAGCAAUGCUGUCUGUCAGGGGUUUGUGUGGCAGCAUGGUGGCCUAGGCAGAAAAAUCUGAUUUCCCAUGCUGGCUUCAAAAAACCCCCAUGCACCUUCCAGAAAUCUGCAAGGGGAGGUUUAAUUUUCAGGCAACUGCUCCUCCUCCCAGCUGAAGUGCCCUUCAGCAGUGCAGGCAGGCUUGUCCCCAGAAGAUGCUGCUCCACAGCUCACUCUGGCAGGUACCAGAGCACCGCUCUGGUACUGAGAGGAGGAUGAGGCUGCAGCUCAGAGGAAAGGCAUUUUGAUGGCAUUUGUGUUGUUACUAUUAUUUAAACCAGCUUAUUUUAGUCUCUGCUAAUGUCACGGGAAGACUGCACGAGCAGAGAACAAUCCCUAUGGUGAUCUAUGUUGAAUUGAUUUCUAUUUUUUGGCAGACUUUUUUUACUCUAUGCACCAAUCCACCUUUGCUUAGUCUGGGGCUUAUUUUGCACUUUUUGAGUCCUAUUUUGCAAGUGAAUUGAUGGUCCUCAACCUUCUCCAAACUGCAGUUUCCCCUUCUCCAAACAAAAAUUCACCAUUUUCUCCUGUUGGGAACAAGCCAGGUUAUCCCUUCAGGGAGAAUCUGGUAAAAGCAAGGAAGCUGUGAUCUCUGCCUGCCCACCCCACCUCCACUGGCUCCAGUUCAAAGGAUGAGGAACCCUGAUCUGAGUUUUGGCCAAGGAAGGGUCCCUGCUUGUCCCCUACCUGCCACAUCAUCUGCAUUGAGCUACCCUGGAAGGGGAUGACUGAUACAGCAUUAGUCACACUGACAUGAAGAGUUUUUAAAUUAAGAAUUUGCAGUGAGGUCCAGGGACCUGUUAAAGUGCUGAGGUAUUUACCCUCCCCAGACCUUCCCUUCCUUCCUGCCCUGCUUUGGCCCUUCCUCUCUCCCCAGCCUUGAAAUGAAACAGAAAAUUAUUUUUUUAAAACUGUGUCGAUAAUUUAUGUUUAGUACAAAGGAUGAUUUAAUGGCAUCACCAAAGGUCAUUUUUUUCAUCUCCGUGUUACUACCCCAGCCCCAGAGGCUGUGCAUCCAUCCCCUCUUUCCCAUAACUCCACUGCCCUCCCUUCCAUCCACCUCACCCAUCCUCUGUCACCACACACCCACCCCAGCGUUCCACGCACCCGACACCCGCUUCAGGUUCAGCCGAUGGAGAACAGAGAUUUCAAACUGAAACCUCCACUCCAGAGCACCCCCAAACUGAAACCAUCUCCACCCUGAAAACAGUCAGUUGCUGCAAACGACAGGCAGACUCAUUUCUUGAACUCUGUAAGGUUUUUUUUAAAGCCUUUUAUACCUAUUUACGUGUGCGCGUGCGUGCACCGAGUGUGCACAGUGGUACCUGUGUGCACAAAUGCACACGAAUCUCUCUCUCAAGUAUAAAUAUAUUGUAUGUUAGAGCUGUAAAUACUCCUUGGUCACGUGUCUAUGUCUUCUUCAAGGUAUCAUAUCCUCAGUGUUACGUUAACAACUCCAUUUAUUGAUUGAUGAAACUAUGUGUAGACCUGUACCCUCCUGACAUAGUUUAUGUAGCUCUCUCUUCUCAAAUAAAGUACAAAACUACCACCA